UGAGGCCUAUAAUCAUCACAUACGUCUGACACAGAUCUGCUGUUUCGGUGAGCAGACGAUCACAUGCAAUGUCUUGCAAAUUUAUUUGUAGCCUUUCAGCUUAUUCAUAUUCUAUCACUCUUCCGGUUUCAAACUCAUAUAUAUAUGUUAUUUAGAUCAACAUAAAGUAGUACAUGACAGUGAUGUGGAAGGAAAAUAUUAAUGCUUUUCAUAAUUGAAAGUCUGAAAAUUGUGCUGUGCGUUUGUUUGCAGCCUACUCUGAUACCCCUGGAUAAAAUCUAUUGCAAUCAGUUUCUUAAUGGUGUCCAGGUGUGCACGUUUUAAUUUAUAUAAAUAGCUAUUGCUGGAAGGUUUGUUAAAGAAUAUUGACAGGAAAGGGUACGCAAAUGAUUGCAAGAAUUUUCAGGUUUUUAUAUGUGAAUAAAACAUAUUACUUCCACUUCACAAUUACGCACUACUUUGUGUUGGUUUAUGGAUUCCCAAUAAUAUUCACAGAAGUCAGUAUUUGUAACCUGAAAAAUGUCAACAUUUGACAUGAGUGUGCAUAUUGCAACGCACAUGUGAUUAAGUUCAGGUAAUUAUUUCUUUACGUAACAGUUCAGUAUUUAGAAAUUAGGUUUCACACGUCUGAUCAGUUAUCGGAUAAUGCAUCAUGUGUAAGAGUCUCUGCAAUACAAAAAACUAUUCAUUUACUGCACCUAUUUAUUUUAAUUCCAGUCUUCCAGGUUCACCAUGCUCCUUACCAAUCUUGGUUUUGUACACUCCAAAACACCAAGAUUUUUAAAACAUUUCCACUGAUUGCUCCCAACCCCUGCUUUAUGCUCAAUCUAAGUGAGUUUGUGUUGUUUUACUUGCACGCUGUGCACAAUACCAGGAAAGCAUAUCAACCUAAGCUUAAUAAGGGCCAAUUUCAAUGUAGGUCUGGAAAUAUUCCCAAAUCCUGGCCUGGCCUCUUCUUGCCAAUUAUCUUUCAACCAAUCAGCGCUUGUAAAGGCGUUUCCUUUCCUGUCUUUGUGGUUGUGAAAGCCCCCCUUCGAGGGGCCUGAAGUUUGAAGAGCAGCCGCGGGUGGUUGGUCUAACGCAGUCUCUUUGAUUCCUGCACAGAUGUAAAUGAACGGUCCCACUGUAACUUGGAAGUGUGGCGUGAGGCUAGGGGAGUCUGGUGAGCUUUACUAUUAAAGUGAAGGAAGUUGAAAGGCAAUGGAGCUGUUCGGAGAUUGAGUCCAACCCCCCUCAGGUUAAUGAUAUUUCCAGCCUGUAGUGCUGCGUUCAGAACGGGAAGAAGUUUUUGCAGUAACACGAGGGACGCGAAAUCUGCAAGAGUUUCUCUGUCACAGGCGGCGUCAGCUGGAUUUUUGCAACUUAAGACCAGAAAUGGUUGGUAGCUUGGACUUGCCAAAUGUAAUCGACGGAGAUCCUCUGGAUAUGAGCUGCACCAGGACUGAUAGAGGACUCGAUAGCCCGGACUCUGGUUUACCCCCGAGUCCGAGCCCAAGCGCCUGGCUGCAGCCUGUGGGUGCAGAGAAAGCCGGUGGUGUGAACCUGGUGUCUGAAGAAGAAGGAAGGGCCUCUCUGACCUCAGCUUCAACAAGUGGAAAUCUCCCACAACUACAGCCUCUAUCAUUUGGAGAAGGCAUAGCCCUUGAUUUGUUACCAUCACAAGAACUGAGAUACACGUCAUUUGUGAACUAUGACUCAGACCGUCACUUCAUCCAAAAUGUGGCCCUCCAGCCAAGGGCCCAGGGUCUCCAACACUGCCAGCAGACAAUUGUGGCUUUACCGCACAGUACGUGGCGUCACUACAAGACCCAGCUGAACUUCCAGCCCCGCCAUCGACCCAACCGCUACAAGAGCACCACAAUCAUCUACCCCAAGAAAACUAGCACAGUCUACAUAACGGAGCUGAACUACGACUCCCAUCGACUGUCCAAGCGCUUCUUGUCCAGCGUGGAGCUGGAGGUGGCUGGGAGCAGGAGGCUGCUUCAGUGAAGGAAGAGGAGAUGAGGGGGCAUCCUGUCCUGAUGUGCCCACUUAAGUUGCACUGAAAGUCAGUUCAAGCUCACUUGUUUUUUUUUGUUUUUUUUCUUCUUCUUUUUGCUUCUCAUCACGAACAGAAAUAUCUAUAGACCUGGUAAUCUUUUCUCUGGCCUAUUGUUUUGUUUAUAGCCCACCUGAGUGGUGGUUUCUGUGCUGGAGGUCAUCACAGUUAAACCAGCUAGGUCCUCCUCUUUGGGCCUUUUAAAAUGCAUCACUGAAACCUGAACAUCUACCAAAUGCGCUUGUAGUCUUUCAUCAAAUGUUUUUGUGCUCCUGCUUGAUCAGAGAAUGGAGCUUAUUUCUGGGUUUAGGUGGAUGUGUUUGCUUUGAAGCUUAAUGUUGAUGCUAGCCACCAACCUGCUGUGGUGUUUGUGUAUCUUCCUUGUAGUCGCUAUCCAAAACUGUGGAUAGGAUGAAUCUGCUCUGGUACAGCAAAGAUGAGAAUUGAUUUUUACAAAGUUGACCUUUUAUGUAUUUAUGGCCCGGUAGGUUUAUUGAAAGUACUAUUAAGUGCUCCUUUAUUUGAGAAGAUAUUUUUUAUCUGGGGACAAACUCAACUCAUCUUGCACCGAGAUGAGUUGUUUCCAUUAGCACACCCGCUAUCAUCUGAUCAAGCACUCAGAGUAUUUUAAUUUCUUUAAAGAUUUAUUACCUUUUUAAAGCUGCAACAGGGCUUUUAAUUGGCCUAUGCGUCAAUCUAAUUAGUUUUGACAUGAGAGGGCUGUUGGAACAGGUUGCCUUGGACUUGAUCGGUAAUAGAUUAGAUCCACAUUGUGUGUAGGUGAAAUCCUUUUCCUAGACUUGGAGGUUCUUAAUCUUUUUUAUUUGCAGAGUAUUUUCAAUGUACAUGGCGUAGUGCAGCGCUCUUCCAUCCCUUUUUAUAAACAUUAAUUUGCUCACCCAAUUCGCAUGAUGUAAAUGCUAUGAAGAUGUAUGUUUCCAGUGUAUAAAUUUAGAUUAACCAGGUAGCACAAAUGACACCCUAUUUAGCUAUUCAGUAAUGAUGGCAUAAAUCACUGGCUUACUACAUUCCUCUAUUAAUUGUGGUGUGACUUUUUUAUUUUUAUGUUUUAUUUAUUGUGAGUGAGUUUUUAAAAACUAAUUAACAUGCUCUUUCCACUGUUAUUCAUUUUAUUUUGAAAUGCCUCCUGUGCCUUAUUCAUUUCCAUCACUUGGUUGAUGUCUGAAUAAAAUAAACACUUAUUCAAUA